AUGGAAGGAGGUUAUUUGGUUGGAGCACUUAUCCUGUUGGGUUUGGCCUCGGCCACGGAUCCCAGCCCUCUUCAGGACUUUUGUGUGGCAAUUAAUGACGCCAAGAAUGGUGUUUUCGUUAACGGCAAGUUGUGCAAGGACCCGAAGCUUGCAACUCCCGAAGAUUUCUUCUUCUCGGGCCUCAACAUUCCAGGUAACACAUCAAACCAAGUAGGAUCAACCGUCACUCCGGCCGUUGUUCCGGGUCUCAACACUCUCGGUAUAUCUCUUGUUCGGAUCGACUACGCGCCGUACCAUGGCCUGAACCCCCCUCACACUCACCCCCGAGCCAGCGAGAUCCUAGUCGUGGUCGAAGGCACACUCUACGCCGGGUUUGUCACGUCGAACCCCGAUAAUCGUCUCUUCGCCAAAGUGUUGUACCCCGGAGACGUGUUCGUGUUUCCGGUGGGUAUGAUUCACUUCCAGUUGAACGUGGGGAGUGGCAAUGCUGUUGCAUUUGCUGCCCUGAGUAGCCAAGACCCGGGGGUUAUCACCAUUGCUAAUGCAGUGUUCGGGUCGGACCCGGGCAUCAACCCUGAUGCUGUUGCCAAGGCCUUUCAGCUGGAUAAGAAUAUGGUUAGGCAACUUCAGUCCCGAUUUUGGUCGGGUAACAACUGCAGGGUUUAA